AUGGAAUCCUCUUCUUCAUUAUCUUUGCGCUCCAACAACAGUAGUAGUACUACUAUUAGCGAAGAUCAAACCAAACAAAAGACUUACGAACAUAUGCGUUUAAUAUAUAGCCGUGAUGACAAUGAAUUUUUAAGUUAUAGAAGUUAUAACGGCUUCGAUCCUAAAGGCUGUUUUACUCUUAUUGAGCAACAUUCAGCCAAUCGAGUUUAUUAUUCUGGAUAUACUAGAUUGUCAAUUUCGAAUGAGUAUCAUAUUUGGGAAAAGUUGAAGAAUGGUAUUUGGCACGGAGUGAUUACUAUUCAAUCAAUCAUCACUGAGUUUGAUAUCUGGUUUGUUCGCUUGAUUUUAGAUCUGUCCCGGGUUGCAUUUGACAACCUUGCAAAGGAGGACUAUGAAUAUUAUACCAAGAUGGUUUCAAAAACCUUUGUUGAACAAUUGAAGCAUACUGUUGAGAACGAUCAAUGGGAGUUUGGUGGCGAAAAGGUUUUCAAUAGUGGGAUUGAUUUUUUUACUAGUCGUUGGCAACCAUUGGAGGCGGUUUUACCAGCUUUUCCUUGCAAAUCUUCCAAUGUUGAAAAAGUUUCUGGGGAAAUGCCAGACAAGGGAGAAGAAUUAGCUCUUAAGCGUUUGAUUGCAUUUGCUACUUCUGUGAAGAAGAUAUAUCCACCUGGGAUUAUUGUCUGGAUUGUUAGUGAUGGACACGUUUUCAGUGAUUGUAUAGGCGUUGACGACCUCAAAGUUAAUCAAUAUUCUCAAGCUUUGAAGGAUUUGUAUCAAAGUCUUAAGCCAGCCGAUUGGAAUCCAAUCAAGUUCUGCUCAUUGCCUGAAAUUUUCAGAUUGAGUAGUUCAAAUUUUGAUGAAUGCUUCGUUUCUGAUGUUGAUUUGGUACACCAUUUGGGCACGAAACUUGAUGAUGAAUCUGAAACUUGCCGUAAGAUUUUGGUUGCAUCUUGUGAUACUGAUGCCGGAAAAUUGAGACAAGAUAUUACCACAGAAGGACAUCCUCGUUUGGCAUUAUUUAGAGGAUUUUCCAGAUUUAUGACUGAAGACUUGGCACUUCAUCCUAAUGUUUCCAACAUUAGCAAGAAAAAAUAUAAAAAGAUUGUCGCUAGUGUUGCUUUUGAGAUGAUUAAAAGGAACGAUGCGUAUUCCAACUUGGUUGAAUUAAUGUUUCCGUUUCAUUUGAGAUUUUCAAUUCAUGCUCAUAAUAAUGCUGGGCCAAAGUUUGGAAUUUCACUUUUGGCAAAAGUUGGCAAAGAGCAUUGUCAUCCAAUUAACUCUAUUGAGGAUCAUAUGGAGCCAAGAAACACAGAUUUGUUGCAUAUUCCCACCCCUUGGCAUAACGCCAUUGUCACGAUUGACGACCAGGAAACCUAUUAUGUAAUCAAAUCCAAUAAAGUCCAUGAAGAAUUGAAGAAGGGAACUGGCAGAGGUGGAUGGGAUCCAACGAAGCUACACUAUGUAUUUAUCACUCAAUAA